CAGCGUAUAUACUUCCUCGUGUACGUAAAUCAAGCUCAUUCAUUUGAAGAUCGGCCGUACAAGUAGUAUUGCCACAACUCGGGUCCACACUCACAUUCUCUUGCAGCCUUCCGCUCAUCUGAACACAAUGGUCAGCGCUCUAGUACGACUCUGUGUGGUGGUCGUCGUAUUCAUUGGUUGCAUAACACAGACGUGUGCACGGUGGCCAACUCAGGCUGCAAAUCCGGGCUUCAAGGCUAGAAUAACCAAGAAUGGUUUGAAGUUCAUAAAUGAUGUGGGUGUAGGAAUGUUGGCUAAAGAUGUCCCAGGGGAAACUAUUCCCGACAUCAGCGGCACAGCUGAUAUCUCUAUUGGCAAAGUAGACUACACCGUGUCCAGCAUGUCUAUCAGAAGCUUUAAUGUUCCGGUAACUUCUCUGACGACGCAACAAGGCGUUGGUCUAUCAUUCAAAGCCAGUGGUGGCGCUAUUUCAUUACACGGUGAUUGGAGGUACAAGUACAAGAAGGGGUUUAUUCACAUAAGCGAUCAUGGAAACUUUGAUGCUACGGUUAAUGGAUUAAACAUUAACUUGGACAUCGGUUUAGGCAAGGACAGUACUGGUCAUCCAUCUAUUACAUCAACCCAUUGUUCUGGUUCUAUAAGUUCCAUUAGUAUAACAUUUCACGGUGGGGCAAGUUGGUUGUACAACCUCUUCUCCAGCUCUAUUGAAAAUACUCUCAAGAAGAGUUUGAAUGGAAAAAUAUGUGAUAUUAUUACCAAGGAAAUAGAAGAUCAUGCCAAACCGUCGCUUGCAAAUCUUAAACGUGAGUAUUAA